CGGUGACGUCACGAGUGUCGCUGAGAAUGACGGCUCCUGAGACGGAGCGCUGAAGAGGCCGAGGUCGCAGGGCGCGCAGGGGGUUCGGAUUGAGUUUCUUCGAGGAGCAGGGCGGCCGACGUUCUGCGGGAAGCCGCGUGAGAGGACUGCCCAUCCCCCAUCCCCUUCCCCUAACCCCCCCCUUUGUCACAGAACAUGGCUCAGGAGACCAAUCAGACACAAGUGCCGAUGCUGUGCACUACGGGUUGUGGUUUCUAUGGUAACCCACGCACCAGUGGCAUGUGUUCAGUCUGCUACAAGGAACACCUGCAGAGACAACAAGUUGGCGGCCAUAGCAGCCCUCCGGGUGAAAGAGCUGCUGCAGUACCAGUACCAGGGGACUGCUCUGGAGAUGCCGUUGUCCCUGUCGGAAACCCACCUGAAGCCAACCAGAGCGGGGAUGCCCAGACCGAGGACAGCAAGGCCAAUUCCCCAAGUCCGGUCACUCAGCAGAUGACAGCCAUGAGCAUCGCCCAGGACACAGGAGCUGUGGACUCAGACCAGGAAGUGGAACAGGACAAGGAUGCUGGUGAUGGAGAGGAGGGAACAUCAAAAGCCCUAGAGGAGGCUGAGGAGUCCACACAGGAGCCCUCUGAUGGAGACCAGACUCCUGACAAGAACAAGAAGAGAAACCGUUGCUUCACCUGUCGCAAAAAAGUCGGUCUCACAGGUUUCGACUGCCGCUGUGGGCACCUGUUCUGUGCCGUCCACCGCUACUCCGACAAGCAUGAGUGUCCUUUUGACUACCGUGGCGCGGCAGCCGCACGCCUGCGCAAGGAGAACCCCAUCGUGGUGGCAGAGAAGAUCCAGAAGCUGUGAACAACCAUCCUCAUUCUUCCAACUGCAGACCAGUGACCAAACAAGGCUUGGAAAAUGUGAUGCAGUUAUUUUUUAAAUUUGUUUUUCCCCCCAUCUCUGCUGAGUUUUUCUUUUUUCUUUAUAAAGGGAAGGGGUUGAGGAUAAAAUGGCAUUAAACCCCACCCCCUCAUCCCCCAAAAAUAACCUUCUCACCCAUAGACUACACUUCUCCUUUCUGUCUGCUGGUAACGUCAGUGAACGAGCGGUGAGGUUCGAGCAGACACUGACAGAGGGAAGUCAGGAGGAGUGAACUGUGAAUGGGGUCUUGGCUUCUCUUUUUUUAAAUCCCAUUUUUAUAUACCACCGGUGUAGUUCAGUGCUGGGAUUGGGGGGUCCGAUGCAUGAUUGUGUGGGUGGGGGGAGGGUGGGGGGCUGUCACUAAUACAUAACGUGGCAGCCUGUGUGUUUCAAUGCAAGGCAUUUUUAAGGACUGAAAAUACUUUACGUACGCUAAUGGACAAAAAUACACUCACCAUGUGUGUUGAAUCAACUUUGCCCUCUGUGGAAACACUUUUUAAUUCUUUUGCCCUCUGAGCAUUUUCUAAUAAGGGUAGACAUAUGCAAACAAAUAUACGAUCACAGUCUUUCUGGACAUUUUACAUUUUUUUUACCCAUACUGAUGUUCAAGUUCAUGUGGUGAGUUUUGUAGAGACAAGGGAAACCUUGAUGAAUAUGGAUUUUUUUUUUUUUUUUUUUUUUUUUUGACUGCAAGCAUAUUGCACCGAAUCUCAUAUAUAAAAUAGUUUGCUUGAAUUGUGUGACUGCAUUCUAUUUAUUUUAUUUUUUGUUUCAAUUGUGGUUAGUUUGGACUGGACAAACAGGUGCAUGUGUGAACGAGUUAUCAGGCCUGUAGCUCUCUUGAACUUUUCAGUUAUAUUUAUGCAUUUUCUUCCUUCAGUAUGUAACCAGCUUUGUGAAAAGUACACACAGAGUUGAUGGAGCGCAGCUGUCAAGUUGUUUUGGAAUCCAAGCACAACUUACUCAAAGCAUCCAUUGCGUGGCACAGAUGCUGGUGAAAUAAAGACUCCAUGUGCUG